AAUAUCCUACGAAUCUUCAGUUAGAAAAUUGGAACGGGCACGUAAAAACAUAUCUCAAACAACUCAGAAGAAAACAAGAAAAGGCAGAACGGCGAGCAAGCGUAACCCUUAGUGCUAAAGCAAAAGGAUAUAUUGGCGCAAUAUUUCAAGGAACCUCUAGACAAACAACAAGCCCUGAACCUGAAGGAACCGAAAACGAAGACGAAUUAGAGGAAGGUGAAAUCAGCGAACAGGCAAAUUUUUACGCGACUAAACCAUACACAGCCCUCCCAGGAUCAUCAGAUAUCCCGACCGCAUACGGAACCGAGUUACACAAGAAAAUACAAGGAGCCCGAAGACUAUACGCGACUGCCGCAGCACUAGUGCGUGAUAACGAUAAUCGAAAAGGCAAAAAUAAAGCAGACGACGAAGAAUCAGAUCAUUUAGUAAUAGCAGACGACCAAAGCGAUUUAGAACAAACUAAGAAGGUUACUCCCAAGAAACAGCAAAAACAACCUGCAGACGAAAUGGCACACGCACCUUAUCCCGUAUUUAAUGGUUCAAACCCGCGUAAAUGGAUUAUGGACCUGGAAUUAGCCUUUACCGCUAAUGGCUUAGCAGCGGACGCUAACGCUAGAAAAAUCGGAAUAGCAGCUCUUAAUUUAGGACCCGCCAAAAUGUGGUAUGGCAUGCUCGCAGCCAAGCCCGACGCAUGGACCAAUGAUCAAAACCCAUUUGGAUUUAAAGAAUUGUUUUUAACUAAAUACGCGACAGAAGCAAACAGAGCUCAAGCCGCGCAACAAGCACAUACUCGUAUGCAAUUGAAAACGGAAUCCAUCGAAGAUUAUUAUAGCGCGUUGCAAGAGCGCUGGAUGGAAUGCGGAAAUCAAGAUCAGAUACCCGAAUGGAUGAGAAUGAGCCAAUUUAUCAAUGGUCUAUUACCAGCAUAUAGAAUACCCGUUCUACAACAGGCCCCGGAAACCUUAGCAGACGCGGUCCAAAAGGCAAACAAUUGUUACUACGCGAUGCAGACAACCGUCCAAUACACGCAUUCCGCCGAACCAUAUAUGGAAACAAUG